AUGAAUAAAGAAAUAUAGCAAUUUUUGAAUAAGUUAGAGAGUGUUUUUAUAUUUUAGUUUUUUUCCUGAUUUAAGUAAACCUCCAAAACCUGAUUUGGAAUUUAUGGAUGAAGAUGAAUUGUAUGAAUGGCUUCAUCAAAGAUUAUUAUUAUUUAUUGUUACUAAGGAUAUUCAAAUUGGAGCAGUGGCAAUUUAAUAAUGGUGCUAAAGAGGACAUUGUAGUAUUUUUCAACUUUAAUACAUAGAACAUUAGAAUCUGGAAUCCCAUUGGUGCAUUAAUUUCUAACAAUCAUGGCCGGACAGUAACUGAAAAAAAAUCCUAAAAUGGCUGAUGAAAUAAUUAAUCUCAUGCAAGAUGAUGAAGAGAAGUCAAAAUUGGUGUAUUAAUUGUAAUAAACUUAACAAUAAUAAGUAAGUUUACAAGUUUCAGAUGUAAGUAUAGUAUUCCAAUUAGUCACCCAAAGUAUUAAAAGCACAACCUGAUAAAAAGGACCCUAGCAUAUUCUAGAAUAUUUUAACAGCCUUAAGAUGCUGGGAUAAAAAAUAAAAAUGA